AUGAACAGACAGAGGAAGCACCUGGAGGUUUCACAUGUGGAGUCGGACAGUGAAUUCAACGGAGAAGAGUCGGCUUGGAACCGUCAAUCUGUCUCUCAGGUGUGCUACCAGGCUUUGCCUCUGUGUUCUCGCUUCUUCCCCUAUGUGGCCUUGCUGCAGUCUUUGGUGCUGGUGGCCAGUGGUUCCUUCUGGCUGCACUUCCCGCCAACAUCUUCCCGCAUAGAACAGUUCCUGUCCAUCUUAGCCAAAUGCUGUGAGUCUCCCUGGACAUCGCAGGCCCUGACUCAUGCUGUCAGACAGGAAAACCUCCAAGGGGUUAGGAGUCCUCCCCCACCUUCAGGUUCCUCCUCACCCCGACUUACCUGCUCACAAUGUUCAACCCUAGACUCAGGCACAGACCGCCCACUGAUUAAAAGAUCAACAGCUCCACCAUCACCUUGCCCCUCUACUCUCUCAUGUAACUCCACCAUGUCUUAUUUAUCUCUUGGCUCUGAAGUUAGUGUUUGUCCUCCCAAGGCCUUGGCGAUGGUGAACAGAUCCAGGCAGGUCAUGAAUCUGGAUAAAAGUGACGGGGAACAGGCCAGAGCACUGUUUGAAAGAGUACGGAAAUUUCGGUCUCACUGUGAAAGCUCAGUUGUGAUUUAUAAGGUCUACUUGACUCAAACAAUUUCCAAACUGCUGUUGGCAGUUCUGAUCCUGAGUUACACAGUCCCUUUCCUCAGCUCCCUCUCCUUUAACCACAUUUGUCACCUUGAGGAUGACACCUUCGUUGGCUACGCAACCUUUGAGUGCAUCCAUGUGCUGUCAUCACUCAUGCACAAACUGCUACUGGCCUACCUGACCCUCUUGGGGCUGUUUGGACUUCUCAACUUCUACACACUCAGUUGGAUUUUUCACAGCUCUCUUCAGCAUUAUUCCUUUCACAAGAAAGAAAAGAAGUCUGAGUCCUUAAGAGAUGUCCCAGACCUGACGAAUGACUUGGCCUUUCUUAUGCACAUAUUGGACCAGUACAACCCCUUACUGGCCCAGCGUCUCUCCGUUUUUUUGUCCCCGGUGAGUGAGAACAGGUUGCUGGAGGAGAGCUUUGAGAGGCGUUGGGGGGAGGAAAAACUGCGUGCCAUGACAAAUGUGGAUGCAGAUGGCUGCUCCAGACUGCAGCUGGUGGCCCUUCCUCGCCUUCCUUCAGCUGUUUUUACGCUCACCCAGCUGCGGGUCCUCAAACUGGAGUUCAUUGCUGAUGCCAGGUUUACUGCACAAAUGCACAACAUGACUUCACUCAGGGAGCUCCACUUCUACCACUGCUCUCCAUCUGUGGAUUCCAGAGCUCUAGCAGUCCUACAGGAACGUCUGGAGGUCCUUCAGCUCACCUUCACUCAACCAUCGCAAAUCCCCAACUGGGUCUUCUCCCUUCACAGUCUGCGUGAGCUGCACCUCUCCGGUCGUUUGAACAGUGAGGGUGGCGUGGGUCGCGGCUGGGCCCUGGGGAGCCUGCGUCGACUUGGUAAUCUUCGUGUUUUGGUGAUUCGAGGCUUGUUACAGCGGAUCCCUGCGGAGUUGUGUGAGGUGGCUGGCAGUUUGUUGACACUAGAGAUCCAUAACGAGGGCACAAGGUUACUUGUGCUGACAGGCCUGAAGCGCAUGGUCCACCUGACAGAGCUGCAGCUGCAGGACUGCCAGCUGGAGCGUUUGCCCUCAGCUCUGCUAGCUCUCACCAGCUUGCGGACUCUCAACUUGCAGCAUAACAACUUGAGAACACUAGAAGAGCUGCUUAGUCUGGUUGACUUGCGCCAUCUUUCUUGCCUUAAACUUGCCUAUAAUCAUGUUCUAGCGCUGCCAAACAGCGUUGGUGUUCUUCGAGGCCUAGAAAUUCUGGAUCUGUCCACCAACCAGCUCAAGAGUCUUCCACCAGCGCUCUUUACUCUUCGUCGUCUUCGUAGGCUCCUGCUGGCUGGUAACCUGCUUGUUGAGCUGUCCUCUGAGGUAAAGGCGUUGCAGAUGCUGACAGAACUGGACCUCAGUGGGAACAGGUUAGAGACCCUCCCCUCUGAUCUCUUUAGUAGCUGCUUACAGCUGCAGGUCCUAAAUGUGGCUCGCAACUCUCUUGGUUCAUUGCCCUGUGGGAUCGCAGCUUUAAGUCGCCUUUGCAGGUUGGAUUUACGCAGCAAUAGUCUGGAUGAGCUGCCUGCUGAGCUGGGCUGCUGUCUGGGGCUAUGUGGAGGAGGACUGCUGGUUGAAAACUGGCUAUUUCUUUCCUUACCUCCCCACGUCAGAGAUUUCCUGAGCCAGUCCUACACUACCAGUGGUACUCGUGCAGAGGCUCGCUCCCGGCCAGAGUCGGACAGUUUCCCAUAUUUCUCUCCUACACAGUGGCGUUUCUCUUCAGCUCCAGAAUCACAAAUAUAA